AUGCUAAAGACGAGAGGCAUACAGACUAUUUGCCUGUCAUGUCGCCUCCAAUCCGCCAUAUCGAGAGCGCGUAACGCCCGACUGCCAUCUCAAGCGCAGCUUGCGCCGCAAAAGUCGCAAACGACCGUCGCUAAUGUCUGGACACAACGAAGAGUGAUAUCGACGGCAAUCCCACGACGACAAGCAAAUCAGGAAACUGCAGCAGCCGGCGAAGAAGUACCUCCUCCAGCGAUCGAGCAGCUCAAUACCGAAGUCAAUGUACGGCAAGCGAGGCAGCGGUUCGGCGAUUCGCUACCACGAGGAUAUCUGAGCGAGGCUGAAUACAAGGUGUACCGGCGUCUAUAUGGAGAACCUCUGUUUGUCGAAACGGUCGACGAGUUGCUGGAACCCGCUGUGGAGGAAGAAGAAAUUAUUGAGGAGGAGCAGGAGGAUGGCUCAGUUGUCCUGCUGCGAAAGGGUGCAGAUGGGGAGCUUGAAGAGAUUGAGCUCGUCGAUGAGUCCGAAGAUGUUGAGAGUCUGGAAGAAGUGGUGGAGGGCGAAGACCCAGACGCAGCCACAAUGACACCAGAAGAGUGGGAGGUACACAAGGAAGAGAAGGCACAGAAGUACCACGACAGCGUCUACGAACAAAGUCGCUUGGCACACCACGAAGCCGAAGAUUUGGAAGACAUGGAAGAAGUGGAGGACGAUGACUUCAUGCGAGCUCAUCCUCUGACGCUCGCUGGCCGUUUCAAACCCUCGCCGUCGACCGUCUUCUUGCCGAAAGAAACCCUCGUAGACCCUACAGCUCUUUUGCUGACCCGCGCAAAUCACAAGCAUCUCGCCGAGACUUCGAACCGUAUAUUUGGUGGCCAAGGCCUUCCUUUGUCUGCGAGCACACCACCAGCGAGGUUGGGGAGAGAACAGAAGGCAAUCCCACUCGACCCCUCCCAGGCAGACAUGGGCAACAUCGAGGCGGAUGCAUAUAUGGCGUCUGUACAGCCAGGAACAUAUGCCAGCGUCAUGAGCGCUUUGGUAGAGGUCCGCCGGCGACUCGGGUCUCCUUGGAUGGAGCACAUACUGGAGAAGAAGGGUGGCACCAUACUCGAUGCUGGCUCUGGCGGUGUUGGCGUUCUCGCAUGGCACGAGGUUCUCCAAGCCGAGUGGCAGCGCCUGCACGAACAGUCAGGCAACACCUCGCAAGAUGCCGCGCCUCUAGGCAAAGCCACAGUGCUGACUGCUUCCGACACGCUGCGACACCGUGCAAGUCGAUUGCUGGAUAAUACAACUUUUAUCCCUCGACUACCUGAUAAUGUGCCAAAAGAAGAAGACGUCAACGAGCAACAACCACGAAAAGUUUACGAUAUCAUCAUUGCGCCACACACUCUUUGGUCUAUCCGACAAGAGUACCUCCGGAAAGAACAGGUUCAAAAGUACUGGUCACUCCUGAACCCCAAAGGUGGUGUUCUCAUCCUCCUCGAGAAGGGUCUACCUCGGGGCUUUGAAGUCAUCGCCGCUGCUCGCGAACUCCUAUUGAAUAAACACAUCUCCUCUCCAGACUCCCCUCACAUUGAAACGCCUCUCCAAGAGCAGGUCAGCAAACCCGACGAAGACACACGCUUCACAGCCAAGGAGACCGGCAUGAUCAUUGCCCCUUGCACCAACCACUCUGCGUGCCCCAUGUACGCAUCACCCGGUAUCUCAUCUGGCCGUAAAGACUUCUGCUUCUUCUCCCAACGCUACAUCCGCCCCCCUUAUCUCCAGCGCAUCCUCAAUGCCAAAGACAAGAACCACGAAGACGUCCAAUUCUCCUACCUCGCCGUCCAACGCGGCCGUGACCAGCGCCUCCCCGAACACGACUUGAUUGGCAAGGGCUUCGCACAGACCAAGGACACUACAGACGCAGCGUUCGCAGGCCACGAGUGGAAAAACAUAUCCCAGUCAACCACUGAUGCCGAGAAAAUCGACGCCGAUUUGCAAACUCCGGAAGACGUAAACUCACUCGCCCUACCGCGUUUGAUCCUCCCCGCUCUCAAGCGCCGCGGCCACAUUAUCCUGGACGUGUGCACGCCAGCCGGGACCCUCGAGCGCUGGACCGUGCCCCGCAGCUUUUCAAAGCAGGCGUUCCGCGACGCGAGAAAAGUCCGCUGGGGUGACUUGUGGGCGUUGGGUGCGAAGACAAGGAUACCAAGGAAUGUGAGGCUGGGUCGGCCAAACGACGAGUUUGAUAAGAAGGGCCGCAAGAUGAAGAAGGCGAAGCAGGUUGUUGUGGAGAUUGGUAUUGGGGAGAAGGAUGGCAGGGCUGUGGAGGAAGGACCUGCCAGGAUAUUGAGGGGAGAUCGGGACGGACGGUACACGAGUGAUCGCAAGAUUAGAGGAAGUGGUGGCCGCAAGGGGAGGAGGAAGACGGCGGAUGUGUUGGAAGACUUGUAA